AUGAAUAACCGAAAGGUGUUUAUUCCAUUGAGUUUAUUGUCUCUUCUCUCUCUUAUAGCAGAUUGCUCUGCACAAGACCAUGUUGCUGUCUCUGGCUCAGAUGGGGGGAGAGCAGUGCUGCCCUGUUCUUACACCCCUACCCCUGGGGAGGAUGUAGCAGUCAGAUGGUAUGCAUAUCCAGAUCAGAGUUCAGUUCUAUUAAUUGACUCAAAGACCUCAGCACCAAUCCCUGCGCAGUGGAGCGGCCGAGUGAAGCUGUCUGAUGAAGUCUCCUCUGGAAACGCCUCUCUGCUAAUCUCUGAGCUCAGACUGGAGGACACUCUGGAUUACACGUGUGACGUGUGGAUCAAUGGGAAAUGUGUCACUUACAGGAAUGUUAAACUGACAGUUCAAGAACCUCCAAAGAGAGAUUCAACUACUUCAGGAACAACAACGACCACAACCCCGACAACUAGACCAUCAGCAACUCCGACAACUAGACCAUCAACAACCCCGACAACUAGACCAUCAGCAACUCCGACAACUAGACCAUCAACAACCCCGACAACUAGACCAUCAACAACCCCGACAACUAGACCAUCAGCAACCACGACAACUAGACCAUCAGCAACUCCGACAACUAGACCAUCAACAACCCCGACAACUAGACCAUCAGCAACCACGACAACUAGACCAUCAGCAACCCCGACAACUAGACCAUCAGCAACCCCGACAACUAGACCAUCAGCAACCCCGACAACUAGACCAUCAGCAACUCCGACAACUAGACCAUCAGCAACUCCGACAACUAGACCAUCAGCAACCCCGACAACUAGACCAUCAGCAACCCCGACAACUAGACCAUCAGCAACCCCGACAACUAGACCAUCAGCAACCCCGACAACUAGACCAUCAGCAACUCUCGCUAUCCUCUCUGCAGUAGCCGUCUCUGCUGUCAUCGGCAUCAUAGCUGCUGCAGUCUUUGUCAUUUUAAAGUACAAAAGGAGAGCAGCAAAUGCUAAUGGGAAUAACCAGAAUGCUGGAGAUCAGAAUGCGAGCUCAGACUUGGUUACCUACGCUGUAAUCGAUCACACGAGACAGCCGGGAGGAGCCCCAGUCCGGUCAGGGGUCAGUGCUGUGGACAAUACGGAGUACGCCACUGUCCAGAUCCACUGAUAGGACACGUCUCACCCAGCCACCAGGGAUACAAGAGAGCUUCAAAAACAAGAUGAACCAACGACUUGACUAACAUUGAUUUACUGCAGCGCUUCAAUGAAUCAUACCAACUCUGAUGAGAACAAUAAACACAGCUAGCCACUAACAAGCAACUACCUGACAUUCUUAAUUCAAUCUUAACCAUUUCACUGCCACUGCUAAUAGAAUGCUGUGGCCAUAUUAGAAAAGCAUUUCCUCCUAUUUUUGGAAAGUAUAAAAUUCCAUGUUAAAAGGGUUUUAAAUCUUACCUGUUCGUUCGCUAUGCAGGUUCCAUGUGUAGUUUUGAAAGAAGCACAUGUUAUAUAACAAGCAUGCUUUUUCCUUUUUAAAAAUGUUAUCAUACUGGUACCAUACAGUAGUGUGCAAAUGUAUUAGAAAACCUCAAGAUUUGUAAUUGAUACCCUUUAUAUACCUACCUGCAUGAAAACCUGGGGGUGAGAAUUUCAAUUUUCAAUCAGUGAUAUAGAAACAAUAAAGACUCAUGUGUGAAAAUGUUAGACCGCUUUGUGCUUCAAUUAGGCAUCUUAAACAACUUCUAAAAAGUGUCACGCAUUUUAUCAUUUGUGGCUUUGUGUUCUUUUUCUCUUACUAUUUAAUAAAUUGCAUGUGUGGCCUAUUAAAGGCAUCAAUUAAAUAAGACAAUCACUGUUGGUUUUGACAAUUUCCAGUGGUUUGAUUUCCUAUGCACAACAAAUGAACACAGCAGAAGCAAUGGGGUGUUGUAAUGCAGGUGCGCACUGCUGUACUAGUUUGCAUGCCUUACUUUGGAUACACACACACCAGUCCCAAGCUGAGCUCCUGCAGGUGGUGUGAUCCCAGCCUCAAAGAGAAGCCAGUCCUCCUCAUUGCAGUGUUCAUCCACAUUGUUAAUGAGAGCCUUUACAGCAGGAGAUCGCUCACCAGCAGAGAUGCGUCAUGAAAGAGGCCACAGGGCCUCUUGCUUCAUUACUGCAAGCCCUUGAAUGCAUGCACGUGUAGCAGGGAGGGAGUAGUGGGGGGUUAGGUAAGCAGUUGAAUUCAGGUCCCGAGCCUCGCUUCCUUUUGCACCUGCUCUGAGACAGGCUGCUGUGUGUAAAACUUGACCGCUCUGCUGGAUUGGAGAGUAAAGCAAUACUUCCACAUUCAAACUCAUUUGAUUAGAUUGUAUAGGCCUGUGUUCAUUUAUUUCACUUUGAACAAACAAUUGUGCUUGCUAAGGUUUGCUAACUGUCUUCUCUCAUCCUUGUGGCAGCUGUGAUGUACCUUUAAUGCUUAUCCCAUCAGACCAUGUGGAAUAUUAAUAAACAGCCAUCG